GCAAACAAUGAAUUCGGACAGGAAUUUGUUUGAAAAGUGUAUCGUUUUCGCUUUAAAAAGUUAUUAACUGUUUAAUAAGCGAUAACGGGAUCACAUACUCUUCAUAUACCUAAGAGCAAUGCGGAUAAUUCAAUAAAAAUUGCGUUCACAAACUCGGAAAAUAAAAGCCGCAUCAUUGUCAGACGAUUCGACAGGGCUUCAAAUAAUCAACCAGAGGUGGGAUCGUAUCUCAUCUCUUAACCUGGAAACCGGCUGUUCGUCGUCAUGGCCACCUUGAUGUCACUCGUAUUGUACAUAGUCGCUACAUGUAUGACUGCAUAUGCGCGUGCAGAAUGCAGCUCUCCGGAUUGGGUGUGUCCACAUUGUACUUUUGAGAAUGCUUCUACAGCUGCAGAGACGUCUGUGUUUCCUAUUGGAACUUACUUGGUGUGGGGGUGUGAAGAGAACUACGCCAUGGAGGGACCUUCUGACGUCAUAGUGUGGAUCUGCGGUGCGGAUAGCCAAUGGAGUGGAAAGCCAACACCUAACUGCGCAGAAUCGAUAUCAACCUGUCCUGACCCUCCUGUUCCUGCAUAUGGUGAAGUGAACCCGGCGGGUGUGGCCCGAUACAGACCUGGUGAUACCGUUCAGUACACUUGCAAGACUGGAUACCAGCGGAUGGGGAGUACUCACAAUACGUGUGGGAAUGACCAUUCUUGGAUGAAUGCGGCUCCGACGUGUAAAAUUUCAGCGACAGUGUGUGAUGCAGGAAAUCUGGGAACCCUUAUAGGCACUGACAAUGCCAUGGUCAUGACAUCUCUACAUAGCUGCAUCAUAGGAGACAACUUGGUAAAUGACUGGCGCUCACAAGAAACCAUGACAUCGAACGAUGCCAAGAAUAUUUGUCGAGAUCGAGGCAAUUCUUUCCAACAUGUCCAAGGUGAGUUGGCUUUGAUUAAAACGCCAACAAUGCAAGAGGACGUUCGGCGACUUCUAAAUCAGCCCAAGGCGUAUGGAUUUGAUUUAUCAACCUACCUCUGGAUAGGUGUCAAGGAGGGUCGAAAUUGGAAGUGGUCCAACGUUGCUACCGGUGAUUCGAACAUCUAUCGCUUAUUCUGGGCCGAUGGUCGUCCUAGUGAAGUUUCUGGAACCAGUUGUAUUUCUUUGAGUUCUUCGGCAAGCUAUCAGUGGGUGGAUGCUCCGUGUAGCAGUAGCCGUCGUUUCAUCUGUCAAUACGAUGGGAGUUGUACCGGGAGAAGUUCUGAGCAUGCUGCUCGUUUAAUCGAUGAACGUCGGAAAUGCUACUGGUUUAGCAAUUCUAAAGCAACUUGGUCUGAUGCGAAGACUUCUUGUAGCUCAGAAGGAGGCUCCUUAGUAAAAGUCACUGAUGAGAGCCUGCAAUACGUUUUGGCUAACGAAGCGGCGAACGUAGAGGGAGCUGUAGGUGACUGGUGGAUAGGAGGGUACGAUGAUGUUUCUGCGACUGAAAGAGCAUGGUUUUGGGUGGAUAAUACACGGGCUACUUUCAUGUCAUGGGACAGUAAUCAACCGAACAACCCUUCACAUAAGUGCGUUGAGGUUAACAGCGAUAUGGAACACGACUGGAAUGAUGCUAAUUGCAAUUCGAAACGACAGGCUAUGUGCCAAAUUGGAAUCGCCGCUUGUGGAGAUCCUGGAGCUCCGACACAUGGAAGUAGAAGCCCGGGAGACAGGUCUACCUACCUGGAUGGCGCUGUCAUGCGCUUCCACUGCGAUCCUGGAUACGAUUUACUCGGAAACUCUGAGAUCACCUGCCAGCCAAAUGGGGAAUGGGAUAACGCCAAACCAUCAUGUACAGGUGAGAACGUGCAGGUUCAAGGUCUACGGUCGAUCCUUGGCUGUGAAACACAGAACUAA